AUGGUUAAAGGCAUCAAUGAAGAAUUACCAAUGUUACCACUUGAACUUUAUGAAAAAAAUAAAAACGAAAAUUAUGGCUUGAAUUCCACCUGUGCUUUAUAUCCCGAAUUACUUAGCAUAAAAUUUCAUAGUAAUUUUUAUCAGGAAUUUGAAAAUUUGAAUGUGACUUUUGAACUGUUUGGAGCAUACUACGACAAUCGUACAGCCGUUCCAGAUUAUCCUGUAAUACGUAUUUUGGGUAUGGUUAACCAAAUUGAAGAGAAAUUUCCAACAAGUUACUGUCAGUUGUGGUAUGAAAAGCAAAAGGAACCUAUUAUUGUGCCCAUAACAAAAUACCUACCUAUUUGGCAUAAUUAUUGGGGCACUAACCCCAAUGUCUUGUACCCACAUUUGAUAACAUGUGUGUUACCAAGAAAUAAGCUUUCUGAAGUACCACAAAGUGUAUCCAUUGUUGCUGAGGAAUGCGAAAGAGCUACAAAUCAUUUAAAAGUUAUAUAUGAACCACCAGUAGGAAAUAGAACGAAAGGCGGUUUUGCGGUCUGUGUGAAGAAUUUGGUCUUUCCAUUUGCAGAUACAUCCGCACGUUUGGUAGAGUGGAUGGAAAUGUUGCGAAUACUUGGUGCACAAGAAGUAAUUGUUUAUUCACUUGCAGUACAUCCAAAUGCAACAAAAGUAAUGGAUUACUAUAAAGAAACGGGGUUUCUUAAAGUAUAUCCCCAUUCUUAUGCACGUGGUGAACCAGUUUUUCCCAAUUUUCAGCGUUUUAUUAUGCAAAAAGACUAUCUAAAUAUGGUGUUGAACGAAAUGUUUCCGUACAACGAUUGCUUUUAUAGAAAUUUAUAUAAAUAUGAUUACUUGGCUGGCAUCGAUACUGACGAAGUGAUUAUGCCACUGGGUAAUUGGACGUCUUGGUAUGAUAUUGUUGAAUAUGUUCAAAAAUACGAAAGUCCAAAUUGUGAGACUUUCGCUGAUAUCUGUUUUCGAAAUACAUAUUAUCCACUUGUUCAGAGUACUUUUUCGACAGAUAUUCCGAAAUAUUUUCAUAUGCUACAACAUGUAAAGAGAGUUAAGGAGCACAUGCCUGUUGGCUGGGCCACGAAAUGUCUACACAGCACAAAUUAUGCUUUAACACUUCACAAUCACUACAGUAUGGAUUGGUUGGGUUGUGGUGGACUGGAAAUAAAUAUUACUGAUGCACAACUUCAACAUUAUCGUGAUCCAGACGAUAAGAAUACUUUGAAUUUAACUGUGUUGGAUUCUAAUAUUUGGCGUUUUAAGGAAAAUUUAGUGAAACGCUCUUUAAAAGUGUUUGAGGAAUUGGAUUUUUUUAAGAAGGCAAUAAACGAAAAUUAA